AUGUGGGUGUCGGUCGACAACGGUGUAGAGGCUUCUCGUGCGGCUCCGUGUUCGCGUGGGAAGCACUCGGCGACACUUCUGGGCGGUUAUGUCUACAUUCUGGGCGGACGAGGGUCGGGCGGCUGUGUUCCUCUAAGAGACUUCUGGAGAUAUUGUCUAUCAACGGGACGUUGGGAGCGGUUGGAGGCGCGAGGCGAACCGCCGCCCGCCCUACAAGAACACACGGCCACUGCACACGAAGGUCGCCUUUACGUGUUCGGUGGCGAGGCAGGAGCCCUCUCUAAUGAGACCCCUCUUUGGAUAUACGACACAGAGUUGAAAAUAUGGCGGAAACUGGCGGGGCAAACUAGUAACUAUUCAACGCUGCGGAGACGCAGCAGUCGCGAAGCUCGCAACGGAUCAAGCCCGCGUGGUCGUCGCGGUCACUCUGCCCACGCACUAAAGGACUGUUUGCUGAUUUACGGAGGCUAUAAGGACUUGAGAGGAUCUACGAAUGAACUGUGGGCUUUCCACUAUGAAUCAGAAUCUUGGCAGCAGGUGCGAACGUCAACCAUCGGCCCGGCGCGGCAUCGGCACGCUGCAGCGCUGCACGAGGCGCGACUGUACAUACACGGUGGACAAUGCGACCUCAGGGCCUGCGCCGACCUCUGGCAUUACGAUACCAUUUCCCGAGUGUGGACACAAGUGCGAACCCCUGCUAAGUUAUCGCCGCCUGCACGUAGCGGUCACACCGGUCUACGGGCGGGCGCACACCUUUACAUCUUUGGCGGAGAAACGAACGGACAUCCUACCAACGAACUUUGGCGGUUUCAUUUCGCUACAGAAACCUGGGAACGGAUCUUGCAAAGCGAAAAAUGGCCGUCCGCCCGCGUUGACAGCCGCGCCUUACUUAUUAGCGGAGCUCCGCAGCGCGCUCACUCCGCUCCUGCGGCUCCCGUUAAACCGCGGCCUGAACCACCAGCGGGGUUCCUGAGAGAAAUUUCCAAACUAUCCUCCUUCCACAUUCGUCGAGCGGCGAGAUGCUCUUACAGCGUCCUCGGAGACCAGGAUUCUACUGAAAGUCUUAUCCGAGAAUCGACAUCUUUAUCGAAAUCGCGGUCGGCGUACGUCAUCGACGAGCGCCAACCGGCCGAUGGAGGCGAGAGCCCUAAAGAAGGAACCGUUCCCGAACGAUGCAGAAACGUGUCCCGUGAACCUAUUUCCGUCCCAGACUUUGCGGAUAUGGUUCUACCUACCCCAGUGCUAUCUCCCAUCGAAGCGACAAAACUGGUAUAUUUAGACUCAGAAGAAGAAGAGGAAAUGAAAUCAAAGAAUGGAAUAGAAAAAACCACGAUAAUUCCGAAAUCGGCGUCCGUUAAGUUUACCAAGAUCCCCGUCACAGAGAAGACAGAAGACGAGGGGGACUUGUCCACUUCGGACUAUGCGAGUGCGGAGAUAGUGAAUCGGCCUAAUCGGGCAUCCUUAGGCUUCAGUAAUCCGCAUUACCUGGGACCCGACGUACGUACCCUGGGGACGGCGAUGACGCCCGACUCCGGGACUGGAGACAUAGAACUCCAAGAUAUGAGCGAACGGCGAUCCCGGACCGUCCCGAGAAAUGGGGAAACCCAGUUGUACAUGCUGCUAGUUGGAGGGAAGGAGCCUCCACACGUUGCUCUACUACAGAGCCCCUUGUCCAUGUGGACAUAUAGGCUGUUGUAA